AAACCUGAUGGAAAUGCUCCGUUCUUCAUCGAACUGAACUGCACCUUCCUGAAGUUGUUUGAUCUCCAAUUCUCAUACUGAGUCUAAAGACCUAUACCCGUACCAGGUAGGGAGUGGCAGUGUGUAACAGUCCAACGGAUCAUUACUUGAAUAUCCUACUCAUCUAACAGAUCGGAUGCUGUUUUUCAAGCCAUCUUCUUCUGUCAUAACUCAACUUCCUAAAUGUUCUCAUUCAAGGCUCCACUGAUAUUUGAAAACACUUGUCAGCUCCAUCUGAAGUUUGAUCUGGUUAUUUCUGAAGUGGGCACAAUGCUAACAUCACCAUAUUUAUGAGUGAUAUUUUGUCCUGUUCACAGGAGUUUGUCUUCUCCAUGGAAAGAGAAAAACAGCGGUAAUUGCACCGACUUCAUACGUCAAGUGGUUCCGAAGUUACUUGUGUUCAGUUUGUACAGGAUUGUGCGGUUUAUACGGCGCGAAGUACAAUUUUUAACUAUUUCUUCUGACUAGUUUAGCUUAUAUCUCGGGUUGUGCUAAACCAGUGUUUGUCAAACAAAGACAGUUCUGUUCAGAAGUCAACAUAAAAUUUUAAUAUAACAACAGAAUACUGUUUACGUAGUUUAAAAAAAAAACUGUCCGGAAUCAAUAAUAUUGAGUGGGACCAUCAAUCAUGGCUUUUGUAAAAUCCCUUCGCCUGCUAAAUUUGUUGGUAAUCACUCUCAUUCUGUGCGACAAUGUUACAGUGGGUGUGGACUUUUUUGAGGUUACCAAGGAAGCCUACGAAAAACAGCAGAAGUUUUUGGAGCAGUGGAAUGACUUGGUAACACGUGGAGAAAUAACUCGAGGUCUUCACAAAACAUUUCCCAUUUACAAGUUUGAAGGGGAAACUGUACAAAAGAUGAAAGUGAAGGACAUAUUCUGCAUGCUACAAAAUUGGCUUCACCUUCACACUGAUAGCACGCACAGAUUUGUUGAAAUGAAUAUUGGAGGUAAAUCCUAUCGAUUUCGAAUCCAUCUAAAUCUUUUCGGAAAGUCGCACAUUGUAAUCAAAAACGAAGAGGGACAAUCUCCAACUAAAUAUGAAACGAUUUUCGAACAAUUUGACAAGUUUAAGGGGAAUAUUAAGGAAAUUGCUGAAGCCAUGCUAAAGUCUUCAAACGAACCAAUGAAUGCUCAAACAAAAUGGUCAGUUGGUGACGAAGAGACUCGAGAAGUAAUGCGAGAAAUGAUGGUUAUCACUCAAGUUGCGGAAGCUGCCAGACCGACGGAGCAGAGCUACAAUGCGUUACUACGCAUCAUGGAUACAGUCACUGAAGAAGCAACAUGGAAAGAAGAAGUUAACAAAUUAAAACCCAAAACUGGACGAAUUCCAGGAUCAGAUAAAACCGUGAGAAAAAUCUUACAACAAAUAACAAAAGGAGAGUUCAGUUCAUUUCGAAAAGCAUUCCACGACCUAUUUCCAAUAAGCAUAACAACUCAAAAGGGUCGGGAAAGCCUCUUUGAAAUUGGCAAUCAAUUUGAUGCGGUCUCAAGUAGCGAUUCAGACACCGAUUCAGAAGAACAUCAAGACAAACCACCGAAAAGAAAAAGAGUGGAUUCAGAAGUGGAUUCAGAAGUGAAACCUCCACAGAAAAGACUGGAUUCAAAAGCAGUAGCAGUAAGCGACGGAGACAAGUCUAACUUGCAAGACAAGAUAAAAGAAGAAUUAGAAAAAACAAGUUGUAAAAAGCGAAGAAAGAGGGACGGAUCUUGCACCGUGAAACGCUUGAAGGUUGUGGAUGACUCUCUCAGAUGGGAAGGAGAGUCUCUUUAUUUCCAGACUGUUGAUGAAGACGGAAGGAAAAUCACACAUGAAGUAGAAGUUGACUUAAAAAAGACGGCAACCCCAGAAUUCACCAAAGAACGUCUUUCAAACCUCAAAGAAUCUGGCUUACUUAAGGGAACAGACACUACAGGAAAGGCUCUUGGAGUGUACGGUGCUGCUGUUGGCAUUCUUGCUAGUAUUCAGUACUUCUCUCAAGGAGAGAGUGGAAGGGCAUUAUUUUCCUUAAGCCAAGCAACCCAUGCAAUUGGAGGAUUGACAGGACUUAACAAUGUUCUUGAACAAGCAGUUCGCAAAACUGUCACAUACACUGCUGAACAAAUUGGGUUAGAGAAGACUCUCGAAAAAAUGUCUGAACUAGGUGCUAAAGCUUUAGGUGAAUCAACAAGUAAAGUACUUAGCCGAUUCAUUGGAGACUUACCAUUUGUUGGUCUAGCAUUCGAUGCAUAUUUUAUUGUGGAAGAUAUCAAGGAUCUCACAGAUGAAAAUUCUUCUACGCCUGCAUUUCUAAAAAUUACACAUCUUAUUCUUGAUGUGGAAACAACGAUCUUGACACUUGUUGAAACUGCUCUACCUCCACUAGCCGAAGUUUUGGAGCCAUUCAUCAUUGCUUCCACCAUAGUACGAAUAUCUAUUGACAACUUUUAUCUAGACAUACAAGAUGAGCUUGCAAAAGUGAAAGGAAAAGGCUUUGGAGAACAAGUUGGAGCAUUUACGAAAGGAUUUUUAGAAGGUUACGCUGAUUUCUUUACACUUGGACUUGUUCAACAAAUCAAAGGACUGAAAAGACAGCAAGAAUAUAAUCGACAGCAACUAACAAAUCUUUCAAACCCUGCUAGUUAUUUUAAUGUAACAUUUCAAGGACUGGAUGGAAAUGGAGAACCUGUCGGAACUGUAGACUUUACAGCUGGAAUACUGUCCCAGUUUGGAGGAUUCUUGACUGUUAAGUUAAAUAAAAAUGGAACAUUCACUGUAGAGUUACCUGAGGUUCCAACCGAGAGUGGAAUUCCGACACGAGUAGUUAGAACAUUCUCUUUUGGUCACCCGGUGAAUGACGUGGUGCUGGGAGUUGGUGAAGUAGCGAGUCCACGAUACAUUCGCAAAGAAGCAAAACUAUGGCUUUUUAUUCCUGUGGAACAAUUUGACAUUAUUGAUGGUUUUGACACUCACCAAUCUUCUCAGUAUGGUGUGUACACUGGCAACUCCCAUGACAACAACUUUUAUGCUGUACAAGGUGGUAAAGAGCGAAAGAAGAGAUCGCCAUUGUACAAAAAGCUUCGUCAUAGGCGUACAACACGCACAGAACAAGACUGUGUAAGUUCCAGUGAAAUUAAAGUUCAUCUAAAUAGCUAUCACUACGACCUGUACGGAAGAGGAGGAAAUGAUCGAUUCUUUCUGGGACCACAGACCUCUCGCGUUGCUGGUGGUGACGAUAACGAUCUGUACUUCAUCUAUGCAAACGGAAGAGCCAUAAUUGAUAACUUUGCUCAUGAUCAAGAAAUGGAUACCCUUUUUCUUAAUGUCAGCCAUGAGAGAAUAAGAUGCGCAAGGGAUGAAUGGGACCUCUUGGUGAGCUACUGUCAGGACACCAGUCAUGUCAUUAAGAUAAAGAACUGGUUUUCUCAUGGCAAAGAACAAUUUUAUCGACACAUUUAUCUAGCUACCCAGGAUGGGGUAGUUAUUGGCGUUCCAAAGAGUGAAGUGAACAACGCUCAGUAUCAAAUCAGUUGCAGUGCAGUAUCAGUAGACAAAUCUAGCAGCACCUCAGCAGAAACUCUAACACUAACUGGAUCCCUAUCACAAGUAAAACAAGCCACAGGAUCAAACUAUUCAGAUGUCAUAACUGGGAAUGAAAAACCUAACAUCCUAUCUGGCGGACUUGGAGAUGAUGAAAUUACUGGUGCUAAUGGAUCAGAUAUAUACCUCGUAAACAGGGGUGGUGGAAGAGAUACAAUAAACAACUAUGCCACUGACAAACAGGUGGACACAAUUAUCUUUGGAGUCCCUUUUGCAGAGAUAUUGGUGGAAAAAAGCCGCCAGACUGAUUUGGUUAUGCACGCUUUGACAGGUGAUCGAUCUACUACUCAAGUAACACUCCAGUCAUGGUUUACAGGCUCAGAUUGGAAACACGCUGUCUUUGUUUCAAGUGACUAUAUUACGUUUGAGGUAAAGGAAGACAGUAAUGGAAUCCCAAGAAAACAUCCACACAGUAUUGAUUUCAGUGAGUUCCAGCACGGUGCACGAUUGAAUCUGAGGAAUUCGAACGCCAAACAUCAAAGUAUCUACAUUGAGGAACAACUUGCAGAAAAAGUAAAAGUCAUUAUGGACUCUCCAUAUAAUGACACACUCAUCGGUAAUGCACUCGGUAACUUUCUCACCUGUUCCGGCGGUAUUGAUUUCCUUCAAGGAAAUGAAGGAAAGGAUACAUACGUAAUUAAAGAGAGGUGCAGUGGAGUUAUAAUUGAGAAUAUAGACAGUAAAGGCGAUUUUGACAUGAUGCUACUAAAUUGUUCUAGUCAAAACAUUCGUUUAAUUUUGUUUAGUUCACACUUGAUCCUGCGAUGUAACCUGAACAAUGGCUAUUUCGAAGUGCAUCUUAACAACUGGUUUCAGUCUCCAGAGCAACGCCAUCUCAUUGUCAAAACGUCUGACAAAAUUGCAGCCUUGCUCCCAGAAACAACAGCAGAACAUAAUUUGAAUCAAGGCCGUCUUUUUCCAUAUCAAAUUGAGGCAGAUGAAGACUGUGAUGGAGAACUUUGUGUUAUUAAUCUAAACGUCCCACCAUAUUCAAAAUGUGAACGAUUUGUAGCAAAAACCGACUUGUGCAGUUAUUCUAUCAUUGGAAAUGAACUAAAUAACUACAUCGAUCCUGGACCAGGCAAUCCGUUUGGUUCACAGAACUUGACAGGGAAUAACGGUACAGACACCUAUGUUAUGGGCCACAGAUACGGAACAUUCAACACCAUUGAUAACUUUGCCGAAGACAAAGAACUAGAUCAUCUGAAACUUGAUGUUAUUUUCCACGAUAUUGAGGUCUCGCGUGAUGUCAGUGAUGCUACUUUGACAUCUCGUUCCAGAAAUGACUCAAUCAGGGUUACCGUCGUCAACUACUAUACUGGAGUGACAUACCAACACUUGCUAGUUCAUAGCAUUGAUGGAGUCUUGUUCAAAUUAAGUGACGAAUUUCCAUACAUCAAGGUUAUUAUUGUAGACUUCUCUACCUCUAUGUUCAGUCAAGUGUUGUCUGCACAUGUAAACACAACCUUUUCUACUGCUCGUGUUCUACUUGGAUCUAAAUUUGCUGAAAACCACAUUGAAGGUGGAAAACACACAACAAAGAUUAUUGGAGGACAGAAGAAUGAUACCAUAAUUGGUGGACCUGGUGGAGAAGAUUUGAUUGGUUUAGAUGGGCAUGAUACCAUAUAUGGUGGUCCAGGAAAUGAUGCACUUUAUGGUGGAGAUGGCGACGACUUUCUCGAUGGGGGUCUAGAUGACGAUGUGUUUUAUGGUGGCAUGGGAGCCGACACAAUCAUAGGAGGUCCAGGUUCAAACACAGUGGUUUUUAGUGGGCAUAGCCUUACCGGUGUGAACAUAAACCUUCAAAUUGGUCUUGGAUGGGAUGCAGAUGCUGAAGGUGAUUCUUUUGAAAUGAUUAACAACAUUCUAUCUUCAGAAUAUGAUGAUUUUCUGAUUGGAAAUGAUGACAACAAUGUCAUACGAGCAUAUGGUGGAGAGGAUUUCAUUUUUCCAGCUGGAGGAGAUGAUCUUCUUCAAGGAGGAAGAGGCUCUGAUAUCUAUCAACUUGACAAUGCGUUCGGGCACAAAGUGAUCAAUAACUUUGCAACUGACGAAGAACUUGAUUUAAUUGUUUUGAAUCAAACUUCAUUACAUGGAAUUUGCUACUAUUUUUACGGUGAAGAUUUGCAGUUGACAGUGGGCUUUGAUAAUUCUACAGAAGCAGUAUCAAGAGACUUUCUUGGUCAGAACUUUCUGAUGAUAACCCUUCCGUUCUGGUUGCGAAACAGCACAUAUCAGCAUAUAGCAUUCUCUUUCUCUGAUGGCUACUUAACCCCGGAAGAUUUUGAUGAAAGCUAUAGACAACUGGAGCCUAUGAUUAAUUUGGUGCGUAGUGGACAACUCCUUUACAGCACAAUUGUUUCAGCGACUUCCAUUCGACUAAUCUUUAAUGUAAGCUCUUGGAACGAUGUGAACGAUUCUCAUGAGACAGUGAGUCUUCAAUAUGUACACUUUGAGUACAAUUCUACUACAUAUUAUCCUCUGAAUCUACCACCUCCUGAGUCAGUCACAGUCAAUAACCUGGCAGCAGGGUCAACACAUAGCUUUACUUUGAUCCUGAGUUCUUGUGAGCUAAAUGUUGCCAUUUCACCUUUAUUGUAUGGUACUAUUCCCCCAAACCAACCCACUGGUCUAAUUGCUGAUCCACUCUUGGACGGUUUUGUUAUACACUGGAAUCCACCCACUUCUCUGACCGAUCCUUCAGUCCAAGAUUAUGAGUACAAUGUUAGAAUUUGGAGUGUUGAACAAGCCGGAGACAAUUUUGAGCAGACCACCAACAGUUCCAACAUCUCUGUAUUCAGUUUGAUUCCAGAGACUGAAUAUCAUAUUUCUGUUAGUAGUCUGGUGUACAAUACAACUAAUACUCCUGCACAGAUAACAAUAAGGACUGGUAAAAAUACUUGCACAAACUUAGUUAAUUUGCCAUCACAUCUGCGGAUAGAGGAUUCAACACGUAAUGAACAAGGAUAUAUUGUUGCAAUAGUCUCGUGUGAGACUGGUUACGAAUUGGAAGGUAGUAGCAAUAUCAUCUGUAAUGACGUGACGUCAAUCAUCCCUAGAUGUAGUAUAACAGAAUGCACACUGCCAGUAGUCACCAAUGCUGAACUUGUUGUGGGUAGUGACAACCCUGUUUAUGAAGACACGUUUUCAUGGAGAUGUGUGCACGGUUAUGAAAUAAGUCGUGAUGGAACAAACACAUUCAGUAGUGUUUGUGGUCACCAGUCUCAGUGGACUCCCGAAAUUCCAACCUGCUAUGAAAAAUCAAAGUGUACAGGUCUGAAGGCUCCACAGUUUGGUAGCGUGAAUGCUACUGCAAUUUAUGUAGAAGAGAAUGUUACCUAUUCCUGCUCUUCUGGGUACAAUCUUCAAGGCCCUGCGCACAAACAAUGCACUAGAGUUGCAGGAAUUGAGGCAUUUUUGUCUCCAUCAGAUGUGACCCAAUGUGUACCACGAGUGUGUCCAGCUUUAUUACCACAGACACAUGGCUUUUACAAUAACAUAAGAUCUCAAUAUGUGACGGGAGAUAUGGUGGAACUGGUUUGUAACGGAGGGUACUAUGCAAGAGAUGAUCGAGACUACCCAGAACCAAUGAUGUUUAUUUGCAAUGGUUAUGACUGGAACCCACCACAGAGGCACUGUCAGUCUAUCAUUGAAGUGUUUGACGCAAGGCAUUAUAUUUCACACGUCGAUGUGAGUGUGCAAUAUACGAUAUCUUCACGGCAAGGCACUAUUGUUCCAACAUCACUGUAUCCUCGAGCCUGCCGUCAAAUACUGCCACACUUUACAAAAUGGGUUUUAAAUCCUGAGACUUUACUAAGCAUACAUCCACGUCUUGAUUGUCAUAGAGCAAUUUAUUUUGCUAACGGACCAACUCGCUAUGAAGGAAUUCUCAAAAUUAGUUCAGAGAAUGACUUUGCAUAUGUGUGUGUAAUGAGCAAUCACUUACACACUGCUACUGAAGUUUGUAGACAACUUGGGUACGAGCAAUACACCAGUUCCAUUUACCACAGUGCAUCAGCAAUCCAGACAACUUACAUAUCACAAACUUCAUCCCCAACAAAAAUAUCCCAACAUGAACAACUAUGCAACCACAGAAUCAGCUGUAGAAGAACAUGUGAUCAACUCUUCCUUCCUCACGGUAAUUGGCAAUUCGGAUGCCCACAAACACUGGAAGGACAAACUUGUGACUUUUCUUGUGAUGCUGGUUAUGGAAUGAUAGGAUCAUCAUCUCGAACCUGUACAAGCAAUGGAUGGACAGGGAAUCACCCAUUUUGUGAUGGAGAGUUAUGGAAGACUGACAUUGAAAGAGAAAGUCGUGAAAAGUCCGAUCUUACCCAUCAUGGCCUGUCCAUUUAUCUGAAAAAUUAUCUAUGUGUCAACUAUCCAGGAGUCUAUUGGAUGGUUGCAGUCUACGAUCCUAUUUCAGGUUCUGAUAAACACACUGUCUCAGGAUAUGGAUAUUAUCACCUUUUCCGUCAUUACGGACAUAACAUUGUGGUAGGACAUAGCCUACCCAACAUUGGAUCAUCUCACAAUGACUUGAGUGUUUUGUUUUGGCGAGCAUAUUCUCGCCAGUAUGAUAAAAAAGGAUGGGGUGGUUCAGUUUUAAAUGCUCAGCGUACAGUUAGUGCAACGUGGGACAAGCUUGUCAAUCUCGGAGUGAGACCAGACAUGCUUCUUAUUUACAGGAGCACAUAUAGCGGUGCAUGGGCUUCGUGUUAUGACGAAAAUCGAGUGUAUACCACCGAUGGUGUGGUAUUGCUGAUAUAAUGACGUAAACGCGAUGUCAAGCUUUACAUACAAGUUAUAAUUAUAAAUACUUAUUAAUUGGUACAAGUUAUAAUUAUAAAGAUUUAUUAAUUGAUACUAUUUACAAUUAUUAUGAACACUACAAACUGGAAAAAGCCCACUUUCCGUUGGAGGGUUGGAACAAUAGGCCUACAGAAAUGAUUUGGAAUGGUCCAAUUGCUUUACAUGCAAAUUGGUAUGCGAAUUACAUUAUGCAAGCUUUUCACAAAUUGCAAAAAAAAAAUGUCUGAUAUUAAUACAGUUCCUAUUGUUGGUCUCUUUGUUCCGCUGCAAGUGGUCUACCCACAGCCAUUAAGAGUUGAUGCUUGAGGACUACUGGGACAGACAAGGCCAAUGGGACCGAUUCAUAAAAACUAGCAAUUGCUUAUUGUAAGCACAGGCACCGAGCAAAAGCAAAAGUUCAUCAACAGAAGCUGUUAUCAAAAGGGCAAUUCCAUGGUCAGUCGCAUUACAUUUUUCUGUGUCAUUUCUUGAUCUUGGUGCUAAUAGAUCUGUCUGGGAUAUUUUUUCCACUAAGUUUAUAGACUGAUUUGUACUUGACACCCGAGGCUUUGAAGUGAUGAUAUUAGAAAUGUUGUGGGCUUU